UGUCCUUUGAAAGAGACAGUCAGGGGGUACAAAUGGCAAGAAGCUAGAAAACAGAGCUCUACUAAAAAUGUGGUUAAAAUUGCCUUAGAAAGGAGAUGGAAAGAAAGCUAUGUUGUUCUCUCUAACAAAUGGUGUUUAGUCUUGGGGAACUUCAUGGCACGUUCACUGGAAGAAUGAGGUUCAGGCUACCCAAAAUGGCUGUUCCAAGUAGUUCCAUCGUGAAGCAGACAACUCCCAGACAAGCUGGGAUGCCACAGCAGCCAGGACUACUGUCAAUUAGUAGAGAAGCACCUUUUGCAAUUUUAUUUUUCUGUUCUGCUUCACUGUCUGUGUUAAAUGAAUGGGUUUACCUUGUUAUUUUAUUUAUUGAUACCUAUUGAACUGCUAGGUAUACAAAAUGGUGUUCUAUUCCAUUGUGUAUGGCCAUUCUUAUACCCAGGGUUUCUAGCACCCCAGUUAUUCAAGCAUACUUUAAUUACAUGCUCACCAUUCCAGAAGCUGUUCAGGUCAGACUUGGUGUAUCAUACAUAUCUGCUGGGGUCGUAUUAGCCAGAAAUGUACUGUGGCUUGCAGAAGUCUGGAAGGGAUUCUUCUCAUGGCCUCCUGGAUGCCAGGAGAGUUACCAUGAUUUUCCUUAGCUCUGCUUUUACUUGCUGUAGCAGAAACUGCUAGUACAGGAAUCUGCAGUAAUACAUUUCUGUUCCCUUGCCUUUGUUUUAUGGCAGUUUCACAGCUCAUUUACUAUGAACAGGAAAAUAUCUAUUUAGAAAAAAAGUGGAAGGUGAUAAAACACAAAUAUCUGACAUACUCUGGGGUCUCUUCCCUGCUGCUGAGACCCAUGAUAAGCUAGCUCUGUUGUCUUGCUCCUUUGGCUGAAAACAACCCAUGGUGUGACAAUGGUGAUACACUUCCACAUGUUUGGUUUAUGUUUAGGCCUGUAAUACCUUAUUUUGCUAAACCUUUAUUCCUUAACAUUGUUGAAAACUGCAAGUCUGAAAACCUUUCACAGCUCACAGAAUGUGCAGUUGAUUCUUCAACAUGUCCCCACUGUGCUGACAUGUGUCAUGUGCUGAUGACGUGUUAGCAUUGGAUCCUUACUGUACAAAUCCACAGAAAACCUAUUCCACAAAUCAGCCUUUAUUAGUAAGACACAUUUUAAUCACCCAGAUGUAGCGGCAUAGAUUGCUUUGGCACUUUCAUCUUUUUUUACUUCAGUAUGGUCUUACAAGCUCUGGCAUGAAGAUAGCUGGCUAUAAAGCAGCUGGAGAAUGGAAAAUACCUGUUCAAAUCAAAUAUGACAUGUUCAUCCUCAUAGGAAUGUGCUUCUCAGUUAUACAACUAUCACUCUAUAACUGCAUUUACAAGGUUUGUCCUGUUACCUUCUUGGGGGUUCGCAGGUUAUUUGACACUCCCUCAGGCUAUAAAUUAUGGCACAUGCUUACUGAAGUGUGAUUUAUUAUUUUUAUUUAAAAAAAUAAACCUCCCAUCCCAUGUUCCGCUGGUAAGAGGCUCCUUUGUGCACCAAGCCUUUAAAUUGUGAGCAGCCACUUACUGCUUCCACUUAUUUGGAUCGUGUUGCUCAAGGAUCUCAGUCACCUCCUCUCACCAUGAAGAGUUUUGCUCUUCUUUUCCUAGUAGUGAUCUGUGGCUUGGGAGGAUUGGGACACAAGUUGAAGCCAAAGAAAAGAAGCGAUGGUGAAGUAAUCAAUUUUCGGACUAAAACCAAAGAUGUUUGCACAAUGAGCAUGAGUGGGGAUGAGGAGAUGAAACUUAGAAUUGAAUGCAAAAGCCAAGCUAUGACCUACUGGUGUGAAUUCACUGGCAAGCCAUCAGUCUGCCGUGCUUUCAGAAACAACCCAAAGAUUUACUGGAACCAGAUUGCCAUGGAACUUAGAAAGCUCCCACACGCCUGCGAAUCCACACAAGUGUUGAAGAUCACCAUGUGCCAAAAGGCUCCCUCAGCAGCUUUCAUGAAGCAAAUAGCUGCUGGUAUGGAACCAGGAGAUGCAGCAAACCAGGUCAAAUCAGUCCAGAAAACUUCCACUUCUGGAAGGGGAGCAGGGAAAAGCCCUAUUAAGAAAAUAUUAAAACCUCCAAUACUACCACUUAUAAAACCAACCCGACAUAGUCAAGGGUCUGAAAAUGAAACAGAAGCAAUGAAGCUGGCCCGGGAACAUUGCUGGGAAUCCCUGCACGGUUUCUGCUCCUACAUUAUUGGAAUCUUCAGAGGUUAAGGGUUCACUUCAGAGCAAAAUUUUUACAGCUGAAGAAGGGCCCUUGCUGUAGUUUAAUAAUUUAGACAUAAGAAUUUUGGUUUAAAAAUGGGUCAUCUCUGUAAAUCUUGUAGCUUUUUCUUCUUUUUGCACCCCUAACAUGAAACUUAAGACAGCCCUGAAAAAUGCAUGAAGUGACUGUACUUAAAGUGUUUGGAUGAACUGACUGUUCUUAGGUCUGUUACACACCAAGGUGUACAACGCUUAUGUAACCAAGGUUCCACUUCAGGAGUGCUGAGCUUGGAUAGGUUUUUGUGCUGAUUCUCUUUGAUGUGUUGGAAAUGAAAGCUGUAAAUGAUGCUACAGUUAUUACAAGCAAUAAAAUGUAUAAAAACAUA